AUGACCACCUCACGCUAUUCCUCACCCUGGUGUGGCCUUGAGUUCAUUCGCUUUGAUCUGGAGCUGGAUGUGCCCUAUCUGGACGUGGCCCCCUACAUGCCUGAAUAUUACAAACCCCACAACCUGCUGGACUUUGAGGAGAGGCUGCCCAGCUCAGACAGCUUGUCCCUGCACUCCUUCACCUCUCUCACCUCCACCAACCUGGAGUGGGAUGACAGUGCCAUAGCCCCCUCCAGUGAAGAUUAUGAUUUCGGUGACAUCUUCCCCGUGUUGCAGUCAUUGCCAAGUGCAGACUGGGAAGAAGGUGACCUGACCGACCAGGCCAGCUGCCCACGAUCCAGUGGCUCUGAUCCCCAGACAGUCAUCAGCGACGCGGUGGUCCCUUCUGCUGGCACUGUCAAGGUGAAAGUAGCAACUCAUCUUUCUCCACACAGCCCAACGUUCAGGCACAACCCCUUCAACGAGGAUUCGGACACCAACACCUCAGCUGACGUCACGCCAGUUCACGUGGCCAGCCGCCACACCACCACCACCACCAUCACUGGAGAUGACAUGGACGGCACCUGCGAUGAGCUGGAGGUCAUCAGGAUGGCCAGGCGAAGGAAACCAGCCAAGAAGCGACGAGGGAAAGGCUCCACAGAUUCCAGCAGCAGCAUCCAUAACUCCGUCUCCUCUGAGCACAUGGAAAUGGACAACAGCCUCCUGGCAUCGGAGGAUUCAUUAAACUGCACUGUAAUUCAGCUGGAUGCUGAAGCAGAGUUGAGGAGAAGCAGAGGGGGAUCAGAGGUUGUGGAGGAAGAUGAGGACGGAGUCGAAGGCCUCCUACGGCUCCCAGAGAUGACAGACACGUCCAUGGACACUGUGGGCCAACCCCUCCGUGAAGUGAUGGACCGGCUCAAUGGGGCUCUGGAUAGGGAGGAGGCCUGGGAGCACCCACAGGAGGGGGAGGAGAAUAACAGUGAAGGCUGUGACCAGGGCCCUGAGCUUCCUGCGCAGCAGCCCUUUCGAGAAGAUUCAGGGGGCAAGCCACCUGACCCAGUCUCGUUCCUGCAGGCCUCUCCUGCAUCCACAGACUUAUGCUGCUUUACCCCCCUCAGUCCAGACCCUACUCCCACAGGUGGUGGCCACUAUGACUUUACAGAGCAUAGCCAGUUGCAGACUAUUUCAGGUGGCCUUGAAGAUGAAGGAGAGGCAAAAGAGGCAGCAAGACAGGAGCCCAAAAUGAAACCCGGGGAGGAAGACACAGAAAAAGGAGAGGAAACAGACAAGAACACACUUACUAAGGAAGCAGAACAACUACAAGAGGAUAAGCUUAGUCCCUCUGAUAGUUCUCACCCUGCAGAGUUUAAGGUGGAUAACAAUCACUUGCUUCUUCUCAUGAUUCAUGUAUUCAGAGAGAAUGAGGAGCAGCUCUUCAAGAUGGUGAGAAUGAGUACAGGCCAUAUGGAGGGAGACCUGCAGCCCCUUUACCUGCUGCUGACGGACUGUUACAUCUACCUGCUAAGGAAGGGUGCAGCAGAGAAGCCCUACACAGUAGAAGAUGCUGUUUCUUACAAUGAGCUAGACUAUCUUUCAGUGGGCCUUGACCAACAGACCGUGACAGUGGUGUGUACCAACAGACGAAGAAAAUUCCUAUUGGAUACAGCUGAUACCUCUCUGACUAUCUGGUUCUUGUCGGUACUCAAGUCAGCCAUGGUGAAGGGCUGUCGUGAGCCUCCUUACCCCUCUGUUCUGACUGAUGCUACUAUGGAAAGACUGUCUCUCACUAAGUUUGUCUCCCAGGAGUCUCACUGUGAGGUAAAGACAUGUUAAACUUCACAUAUACUGUACAGGUCCGAGGUCUCAUUUAUAAAAUGUGAGUAGGAUCCUAAAUAAAAAUGUACACAAAAGCUGAAAAUGGGGUGCAGACUUUCCUGAUUCAUGGCUGAAUCUUUGUGAGCCGGUUUCACUGGUUGCUUUUGACUUGAAAGCUGGCAAUUCUGCCUUCAGAUGUUAUGACUGAUUACUUUACAACAUUUUGAUAUUUUAUGACCUUGUAACUGAUUAUUUAUUUCCAUCUUAAAUGUGCAAUUGUACUACUGCCUGCCUUGGCCAGGACACUCCUUGGAAGAAUAGUUUUUCUGGUUUAAUAAAGGUAUAUUAAAACAAUUUAAAAUCUAAAACUGUAACAGAAUAUAAUGCAGAGCAGCUGCUAGUUAAUGUAGCCACGACACAAAUGUAUUCAGUUCUUCUAAUAUUACACUUGUUUGUGAUAUUCCCUGUCUCACUUGGCCCUGACUCUCCCUGUUCUGUGGUUACUUCAGCUCACAGGAAAGCAACAAAUGUUUGUGAACACCGAACUGUUUUCAAUGCAAACUCUGAUGACAUGCUAUUAACCUAACAAAGUCAUUUUACUCUGUGAAUUAUACAGCAUGUCUACUAGCUAUCCAUACAACUUCCAAGCUCAUCCUCCUCAGUUAUUUCUGCUCCUCUGUCCUCUUCCUCUUAAAAUACUGCAGGAUGCUCGUCUCUGUGUGAACAUUUUGACCACUGUUACUUUUAAAUUGUUUAUGGACAUGUAUGCACACAUACAGGACUUUUUAAGGUCAAGGAUGGUCAGAGACAGGGGCCAAAAAGUGGCCCAGGAGUUUGUCCCUGUUCAGUCCACUCUCUGUGUCUUUAGAGAACUUUAUUCCUGCAUUCUUAAGAAUUUUAUGCAAGUAGAGUGUAUAACUUUAUGAGCCAAUACAUUUUCAUAACUAGAAACCCCUCUCUAACUCUUCUAAAGUAAUCACCUCAGCUGACCCCUCGAGUAUGAUAAAUAAUAAGCCAUAUCAUCAUCAUGCUUACCAUAAACUGGUGCUUUGUGCUGUGCUGGUUCUGACUCUGUUUUGCUAUAGACCUCAUCUCUGCUGUCUGUCUCAUGUUCACCAUGUCAGCGUAAGUACUGGUCCCACUGGUCAGCGGCGGGUAGAGUACUCAAAAUCUUUACUCAAGAAAAAGUACAAUUACUCCCAUAAAAAGUAAAAGAACACAAAUGACAAACCUAUUUCAUCUGCCGUUCAUCAGGUUAGCUGUGCAACAUGGUUAUUUCAAGGGAAUGCAAUUUGAUUUGCUUGUUGAUUAUCUGUAAUUUAGCUAUUUCUACAAUUAUUUUACUUUUUAAAUCUCCAUGAACUUAUUGAUAAGAUCACUUUAAAGUAUCACGCUUGCUGCCCAGCCAACUAUUGUUGCCUGUCUCUUUUAUUAUGGAGAUGUAGCCAACCAAACCACUUGCAGUAGCACAGGCAGCCAAUACAAUCUGAUUAUAUAAAGAAUCUAAAUAAUCUUCACAACGCAAAGAAUGAUUGUGGCGCUUUACUGCAUAACUGCGUGCACAGCCUGGAUGAGCUCAUUUUGGUUAAGGAAGGAAAAUGCAGAUUAGAGACUGGUUAAGUUAUGAAGAUAUGAAUGGAAAAUUUAGCGAAAUUAAAAGUAGGCCUACAUUAGAUGUACCCACCCCUGCUGCAGACCUCAUCACUCCCUUCAGCUAGAAGUAACAGCAGCACAAAAGAAAAGUCUGUAAUAUUGAGGCACUUUGCUGCACCGGCCUCGAACAACUUCUUUUUUUCUCCCUCAACAUUUCUACAGGCUACAUUUUGUCCACGACUGAUGUGGAGUGUGUGAGUGAUUGACUGGUCACUUAGUAACCUGCCUCCUAUAUGAGCCACCUCCGAAAUCGCCUGAGCCAGGAAGGCAAUGCCAAAUAAAACUUUACCUUAGGAAAGAGGGGGGAACCAAACAUAGAUUUUGAAAUGAAAUAUGUAUAAUG